AUGGGGGAGCUCGCCGGUAAUAAACAUGUCAAGUACAUAUUGUCUGUUGAAAAUGUAGGAUUGACCACUCUAGAUCUUGUUGGAAAACUUGACACUGUGGAUUCGAAUGAAGUUGUUUCGUGGAUCCUGCAAUGCCAGCACAAGUCUGGGCUGCAUGUGCAGGCGGAUUUGGUGGGAAAUAUUGGACGUGAUCCGCAUCUGCUGUAUACACUCUGUGCCGUGCAAGUUUUGGCCCUUUUUGACAAGUUAGAUGUUCUUGACAUCAAUAAGGUGACAAAUUUUAUUGGAGCACUGCAAAAUGAAGAUGAAUCUUUCUCUGGUGAUAUGUGGGGAGAAGUCGAUACUUGGUUCUCUUAUUGUGCUCUAUGCUGUAUUGCAAUACUAAAACGGUUGGAUUCGACAGACGUGGAGAAGGCUGCGAGAUAUACAGUGAGUUGCAAAACUUUGGAUGGCGGGUUUGGUAGCACUCCUGGUGCAGAGUCUCAUGUCAGAUAA